CUAGGGGCUGGGGAUAUGUGGCGAGCCUACUCUGACAUGAAGGAGGCCAACUGCAAAAACUCAGACAAAUACUUCCAUGCUAGAGGGAAUUAUGAUGCAGCCCAAAGGGGACCAGGAGGAGCCUGGGCUGCUGAAAUCAUCAGUGAUGCAAGAGAAGGCUUUCAGAGUUUCAUAGGCCGUGGACACGAGGACUCUAUGGCUGACCAGGAAGCAAACAGAUGGGGCCGCAGUGGCAAUGACCCCAAUCACUACAGACCUAAAGGACUGCCUCACAAAUACUGA